UCCACCCCGACUGCCCUGAGCAUCACUCGCACUUGGACACAACCAGCUGGAGUUUGUAUACGGACUAUAGACCAGACCCGCACCGCAGUCUUCUCCAACCUCACAGCUCCACAAGGUUGGUUGGUGAUGAUCCACACAGUGAGUACGGACAUAGACCAUUCGAAUAUGAACGACUCGGCCAGCACUGCGCUGCCCUGCAACGAGACCAUGUGUGGAAUUCGCUUUGGGGAAAGUGAGACUGCCCUGGCCUCGAUGUACGGCAUCACCUUCCUGAUCAGUCUGACCAUGAAUUGUCUCACCCUCUGGCCAAUCAUCCUGCAGGUCAAGCAGAAGAACGUCCUUGGCAUCUACCUCUUGAGCCUCACCAUCUCCGAUCUCCUGUACACUCUGACCAUCCCCCUCUGGGUCAUCUACUACUACAGUGGUCACCACUGGAGGUUUGGCAGGGUGACCUGCCACCUCGCGGGCUUUAUCUUCUACUCCAACGUCUACAUCAGCAUCCUCUUGCUCUGUUGUAUCUCCGUUGACCGCUACCUGGCCAUAGUCUACCCCAUGAGGUCCCAGAACAUCCGUCGGCCCAGCAAGGCCAUCAAGCUCAGCCUGCUCAUCUUCAUAUCCGUCUUUGCUGUCCACCUUCUGGUCAUCCUCUGUACCAUCAACGACACGGGUCCCGACAUGCUCAACUCCACCUGCUACGAGCACAUCCCCCUGGUCAAGCCGGUGGCCUUUGGCAACUACAUCCGGUUCUUCAUCGGCUUCCUGCUACCUCUCCUCCUUCUCAUCUUCUGCUACCAGCGGAUUCUCAAAGGGGUCAGGAAGAGCCUAAGCCUCCAGGGCGAGCUGAAGACCAAGGUGAAGCAACUCUCCAUCUCGGUCAUCAUCAUUUUCCUCAUCUGCUUCGGCCCCUACCACAUCAUCCUCUUGGCCAGAACCAUCAACUUCUCUAUGAUGGACUGCGCCUGCCAAUUCGAACGCAAGGUUUUCAUCUACUUCAAUACCUCCUUGGCUUUCUCCAGCCUCAACAGCGCUGUGGACCCCAUCCUGUACGUGCUGGUCAGUGACAAUGCCAAGAAGGACCUGAAGAAGUCUUUUGCCGCCAUUAGAUACGGAUGCUUCAGGAAGAGGCUCUCGAGUUAUUCCGGCACGAUGAUCACAAGGACCCAUGUUUAAACGCCGACCGCGGGCUCAAGAAACUAAAGGGGUGAAGG